AUUACGCUGCCAUGGGUUGAUUAGUUUGGUCUGUUGGAGCUGAGACAUCGGAGGAGAACGUUUGUGGAUGAACAUGUUGAUUAGUAACUGAAUGCUGCCUGCGCUCUCAUUUAUAUGUUUGUGAUUUAACCUCCUGUGGAUCAGCCAUGCUGCCGCUGAAGGAAAAAGACAAACCCAUCAUCCAGAAGCUGCUGUCAGCUGGCUGCUGUGCUCGUUGUGUCCUCAGAUUCUGCUGCGUGAGCGUUCAGGCUGCCUACAGACAACCACAGCAGGAAACCCUUCAGAAGCUUAAAGCUUUUCUCACGGAUACAGAAAACGGCAAAUGUCAAGAUUCAGCGCAACCAGAUUCUACAGAUGAAAACAACAAGUCCCAUGAUGCAGCAGUGUCAGAAACACCUGAAGACCCUCCCAGUAAAAGAGCUAAACUGGAUCCCAGUGCUGCUGCUGCUCAGCCCGAGGAGGACGCUGCUGCCGUGGGCGGCCUGAAGGACGACGACUCACAUGUGUGUGUGGUGUGUUUGGGAAUCCUGCAGGAACUCUGUGGCACCGUCCAGGCAGUCAAGAUAGCUGAAGCAGUGAAGGCAAAAAGCUACGAGUUUGACACGCUGGUGCUGUCUGUGUCUCUGCCUGCACAGCUGUGUGUCCGUGAGCACUCCUGCUGGCUCCAUGUGAAGAAGGAAGUGAGAGAAAAGGGAUUGGUGCUUGACAAGGAUGAUGUCAUCCAAGUGAAGGAAGCCUUCAAGUGGAUCAUGCAGGGCCUGGUUGCCAAGGAGCUGGGGGGUGUUGCCGUAGUUACCAAGAGUGCAUUCGAGGUCGGCGUAGAGUUCACUCACCCACAGACAGACACUGACUGCCAUUUCCUAGCAACAACCUGUCCUGACUGCUUCAAACCUACCAAGAACAAACAGUCGGUGUUCACCCGCAUGGCAGUGGUCAAAGCUCUGGAAAAAAUAUCUGACACCAAAUUUCUGCAGCAUUACCCUUGUCCUCCAGCUCAGCCCAGCAGCAGUUGCAUUUCUCAGGACAUCCAGUGUCUCCAUGUGUCUGUCUUUGUAGCAGGCAGGUACAACAAGUUCUGCCGCAGUCUGCCUCAGACUCCCUGGGUGAUCGACGGAGAGAGGAGGAUGGAGUCCUCGGUGGAGGAGCUGAUCGCAGCACCCAUCCUGUCUGCCUUCAGAGCCGACGGAUUUAAUUUCUCCUCGUCCGGCAGGGAAGAUGUAGACGUCCGAACUCUUGGAAAUGGACGUCCAUUCGCGAUGGAGCUGCUGAAUCCUCACAGAUCCAGACUGAACAAAGUGGAGAUGAAAGAACUACAGGAGACCAUUAACAAGUCUUCAGACAAAAUCAGAGUGAGAGAUCUGCAGAUUGUUACCAGAGACGCCAUGAGCCGGAUGAAGGAGGGGGAGGAGGAGAAGACCAAGUCCUACACGGCGCUCGUCUGGACCCAGAAACCCAUCCAGACAGAAGACAUCGCCUUUAUUGAUGACAUCAAGGAGCUGACUCUGGACCAGAAGACUCCUCUGAGAGUUCUCCACCGGCGGGCGCUGGCCAUCCGACAGCGAGUCAUCCACAGCAUGAACACCCGCUUCCUGGACCCACAUCACUUUUACCUGGGACUGAAGACUCAGGCUGGAACUUACAUCAAAGAGUUUGUCCAUGGAGACUUUGGCCGUACUAAACCCAACCUGUGUCAGCUGCUGAAGACGGACACCGACAUCCUGGAGCUGGAUGUGGAGUCUGUGGAUGUGGACUGGCCUCCUGCCAUACUAGAGUGAACACUGCUCUGCCACACUGAGGCCUGGAUCGUCCUGCGUCUGAGAGCUUCAGCCGAGGUUCUGGUUCUGUCAGCAGCGAGGCUCCUCUUAGAGCACAACAUCGGACAGUCCAGAGGUUCAGAGUGUGGGUGAUGGAAAACAACAGUGAGAAAGUGUUUGGAGAUGAACUGUAGCCAUACAGUCCUGCAGGGGAGUUCGGUCUGCUUCUGGAUUUGCUUUUCCAACUCAAGUCAAAUGUGACUGAAUCUUUAGUUGGAUCACAGAAAAUGUUUAGCUUAAAGCAAGGUGGCCAGGUAGAGCUGCCUUUUCUUUUUGGUUCAGAUGAAUGAAAAAUGGGAAGAUAACUAUUCUUUCCUUAGAUCUUUACCAUGACCAGGACAUAAACUGUAGAUUUUGUUUGUAAAGAUGUCAAACUUGUACCUUCCAUCACUCUACACACGUGUUCUACUUUGCAUUUGUCUUCAAUAAAAGAAAAGUAAGUUUGUCCAGAGAAUGGAGGCAGACGAAAAGUAAAUCAAAA